UAACAACAUUCUUCAGCGAUCUCUAUUGUAGUUCUAGUUCGAGUUCUAGUUCUGAUCUAGAUGGAGACCACCAUUGAUGUGGGAGAAGCUGAAAUGCUAAAGGCAGUUUUUCUUCCAUUUCCAAUAACCAGUCACACCAUUCGUGUUGUUGACACGGCGAGGCUCUUCGCCAUGCACGGUGUAGAUGUCACCAUAAUCACCACACCAGGCAACACCAAAGUUUUCCAAACCUCCAUUGACCAUUGUGAUUCAGGCCAUAUUCGAAUCCAUCUUGUUAACUUCCCAGGAAUCCCUGGUUUGCCACAAGGGUUUGAAACCUUCACAGCUCAUACUCCUCAACAUUUAGUCCCUCAAAUCUUCGAGGGAAUUUCCCUUCUGCAAGACCCGAUUCAACAACUCUUUGCUACCAUGAAACCAGAUUUCAUCGUCUCUGACAUGUUCUUCCCUUGGUCCGCUGAUGCUGCAGCUGAGCUGGGGAUUCCACACUUGAUUUAUCUUGGUGGAAGCUAUAUCUCCAGGUCUGCACGCAACUCCAUUGAACAAUAUGCGCCUCACACCAAGGUGGACUCUGAUUCUGAGCCUUUUCUGCUUCCUGGGUUACCCCACAAGCUGCACAUGACAAGAUUGCAGUUGCCGGCACAAACUAGAGAACGCAACCAUCUCACUGAGUUAAUGAAGACUGUGAAAGAAUCUGAGAAGAAGAGCUACGGUUCACUGAUCAAUAGCUUCUAUGAAUUUGAGGGGAUUUACGAGGAGCAUUACAAGACAACCACAGGAACAAAGAGUUGGAGUGUUGGGCCAGUUUCAUUGUGGGUGAACCAAGAUGAGUCAGAUAAGGAUGUUAGAGGCGGUGCCAGUGAAGAACGAGAACCAGAAGGGUGGCUUACUUGGCUUGAUUCAAAAACAGAGGACUCUGUUCUCUAUGUGUGUUUUGGGAGCAUGAACAAGUUCAGCACUUCUCAGCUUGUUGAAAUAGCUCAUGCCCUUGAGGAUUUUGGCCAUGAUUUCAUCUGGGUCGUUGGAAAAUUUGAAGAUCAAGGUGAAAUUGGGGGUGUAAAUGGUUUCUUGAAAGAAUUUGAGAACAGAGUGGUGGUGAAAAGCAGAGGUUAUUUAAUUAGGGGUUGGGCACCACAACUUCUUAUACUGGAUCACCCUGCGAUUGGAGGUGUGGUGACUCACUGUGGGUGGAACACUACUCUUGAAAGCGUCAUUGCAGGGUUGCCAAUGGCAACGAUGCCUCUUUUUGCAGAGCAGUUUUACAAUGAGAAGUUGCUGGUGGAUGUGCUGGGAAUUGGCGUCUCUAUUGGAGUGAAAAAAUGGAAAAAAUGGAAUGAGGUUGGGGAUGAGAUAGUGAAGAGGGAGAACAUAGUGAAGGCGAUUUCUUUGUUGAUGGGUGGUGGAGAAGAGGCUUUAGAAAUGAGGAGAAGAGCAAGAGUGCUUGGUGAGGCUGCAAAGAAAACUAUCCAGCCUGGUGGGUGUUCUCACACCAAGGUGAAAGGGUUGAUUGAUGAGUUGAAGGCACUUAAAUUGCAAAAGUUCAAUCACAAAAUAGCUUAGGCAAAGUUUCUAUUUCGAAAUAUUGAUUACACAUUCUCCGGCUUUAAGGAGAUAUAGAAAUAAAUGUGAAAGAAAUAAGUGAUAUGAUAAGUGUUGUGAUAGAAUAAAUGAGAGAUAUAAGACGGCAAAUAGAUAAAAAUAACAUUUAAAAGAAAUAUGGUGUGAACAUAUUAAAGUUCAAUGAUUUCAUUCCUCAUUUUGUAAA